GUCGAACCCAUAGACUGUAUUAUAUAGAGUUCUAUAUAGUCUAUGGUCGAACCUGAUUGAACCCGUAGCCCUGACCAGUGACCACCGUGGUGAGAGAGGAAAACACAGCUGUCUCUCCCAGCAACCACUUCGGCCACAUCUUGCUUGUCACGGUCCAACAAACGGAUCCUAGGGAGGGAGGAAGGCCUUUUUUGGACGUGAGGCUGAGGCUAACUAAGUAUUUGAAUCUACGGAUUGUGUUUGCAGAUUCAUGGAUUCUACGGAGUGCACUACUGAAGGAGGUCAGCCUGGGGCCGUCGAUGACCCUCUCAUGGGUGCUAUGGACCUUUGCCGUCUUCGCCGGUUUCUGUGUUAUGGGUCAGAAGGACCUACUUACAACACCAAGGAGCCAUCACUCGGCAUGGAAAGCGUGUUGACUUUGAUCCAGCUCUUGGAGAAUGGCAAAGGCUGCGAUGUGGUGGAGGAAAUCCGCAGGUUUGGACAGGACGGACGAGCCGUCCGCUCGAACCCUGCACUGUUCGCCUUGGCCGUCUGUUCACAGCAUUCGGAUCCAAAGACCAAGCAGGCGGCAUUUCGGGCCUUGAAGGACCUAUGUCACCUCCCAAGCCAGUUGUUUGCAUUUAUUCAAUUUAAGAAGGAAUUGAAGGACGGAAUGAAGUGUGGUAUGUGGGGUCGCGGCCUGCGCAAAGCUGUUGCUGAUUGGUACAACAGCCAGGACCCCAUAGUUCUUGCUCAGGCUGUGACCAAGUGCAAACACAGGGCAGGCUGGUCACACCAGGACCUUCUUAGACUUUCACAUAUGAAGCCAGCCAAUGAAGCUAUUGCGCUGAUUAAUAAGUACAUAACGAAAGGGUGGAAAGAGGUUCAGGUUGCGUACGCUGACAAAGAAAACUCUGAGGAUGUUGUCAAAGUCCUGACAUACCUAGAGGCCGUGGAGAAGACCAAGCACUCGAAUGACGAGAUGGAGGUGAUCCAUCUGAUUGAGGAGCACAGGCUGGAGAGGGAACAAAUCCUCACAAAUCAUCUCAAGUCCAAAGAGGUAUGGAGAGCUUUCUUAAAAGACAUGCCACUGGCUGCAUUGCUCCGACAUUUGGGCAAGAUGACUGCUGACAAGGUUUUUGCCCCAGGAAGUGCUGAUGUUGCAGCUGUUUGUGAGAGGAUUCAGAAUGACACUGCUCUGAAAAAGUCAAAGUUGCAUCCAUUCAGCAUCUUGCUGGCAACAGAGAACUACAAGAGGGGCCACGGCAACAGAAGUAAACUGAAAUGGGAGCCAGAUGCACACAUCAUCCAAGCUCUGGACUUUGCCUUUUUCCAGUGCUUUAAGAAUGUGGAGGCCACAGGUAAGAGGUUUGUGGUCAGUGUGGACGUGAGUGCUUCGCUGAGCAGCACUGCGCUGGGGAGCUCCAUCAGUGCUGCCACGGCAGCUGCCGUCAUGAGCAUGGUCAUUACGCAGACGGAGAAGGAUGCUCAGGUGCUGGUGUUCUCUGAGGGAAAUGUCACCCCAAUCCACCUCUCUGCUGAGAUGUCUGUUAUGCAAGUUACAGCAGAACUGGUGAAGAUCCCUGAUGGCAGCACAGACUGUGCCCUGCCCAUCCUCUGGGCCUCAGAGAGUGAGAGGCCUGUGGACGUCUUCCUCAUCUUUACCAACAAUGAGACCUGGUUUGGAAAGGCCAACCCGGCAGAAGCACUCAAAAUGUACAGACAGAAAAUGGGCCUCAAUUCAAAGUUAGUUGUGUGUGGACUGACGACCACGGGUCUCUCGGUGGCUGACCCUGACGACCGAGGCAUGCUGGACAUCUGUGGCUUUGACUCCAGAGCUGUGGACAUCAUCCAUAACUUUGUUCUGGAUCUCAUAUGAGAGGACUGUUGUCUGGACAUCGCUAUGACCCUGAGAACAGACUCCUGCAGAAAGGAACUUGAAGUGAACUGUUGUCACACUGGACUGAUGUGCCCAACAAAGCACAACCUCCAUGGACUUAACAAAGAAACCCUUAAAGGUGCCAUGUGUAAGAAUUGAGGUAAAAAUAUCCAAAAAAUGAGCUACACGCAUCAAAAGAAUGAGAAGAAAUAAGGGCGAUGAUGUCAUUAAAAA